AUGGGCUCUGAACACUACAUGUGGCCACACAGGAAACCGCUCAAGCACCUUAUUUCGUCUCCAUGUUUUCUUUUGGAGCUGCGUUGGAGGCUGCAAAGCAUCAGCAAGAGUGCUGACGAGGCGUGGAUGAUGUGGGACGGUCAUCAGAAGGGGUUUCCCGUACUCUUGCAGCCGGUGGCCCUGCUGGAUCGUCUUGUGGCAUAUCGGCACAGUGACGUAACACUGCCGCGAGAAGCAGUGCUUUGGACCAUCUCGGAGGUGGACAUCUACCUUGGCAGCUUGGGAUUUAUUCGGCCCAGCCGAGAGUCCUCAUUAAUGCGGAGUUCAAAGAGGCUGGUGCGCGCUCUGCGAGGUGGCUACAAGCCCCUGGAAUUUCGUGUAGACCAAAGCGGAAAGGACAGCGGGGUCUUCUCUUCGAUCGAUGUUGAGAAAGGCGACUUGGUGGAACUUUGCCCACUACAUGAGGUGCCUGCACAUCUCCGUGCCAUCAGCAAAGUGCUACAGCGGAUCACGGUACCUAUGCAGUGUGAUGCUUCCCGCUUUGCCAUCGUGCUUGGAUUUGGGAAAGUCUAUGGCACAGCACAAACGCCGAACCUGCAUUGGAGCUAUAGGCGUGAUGAUGAGGUGGUGCUUUGGGCUGCCGAGGACAUCCUCGGUGGGCGAGAGCUCACCGUGGACUUCAACUCCCCCCCGAAGCCCUUGGAGCUUGCAGGGACGCCGCCCUCCACGUGGCAGAAGCCGCCGCAGAAGCCAGGGAGGUUGGCCAAUUCCGGCUUUGUGGUGCAUGGGGAGUCCAGCAUCCAUGGGCGUGGAGUAUUCACAACCAAGGAUGCUGCCGCCGGAGAUCUUCUGGAGAGUUGCCCGGCGGUGCUGAUGGACGAAGGUGCUGCUGAAGCCAUGUUCAGCUAUCGCUGGGGCCUGAAGAAUAACGAGAACAGCAAGGACUACUACCUACCAUUAGGCCUAGGUUCCUUGUACAACCACUCAGAAUCACCGAAUGCAGCUGGGCAAUUGGAUGUGAAGCGCUCGGUCAACGAGCUCAGCAAUGUAGCUACAAUGAUUCUGACCGACGCCUGGCUGCAAGGGCAAACGCGAAAGUCAAAGGUCACAUGGAACGACAUUGUGCGAAUGAAGGAUGGCGGCGACAAUUGGAAUGUAGCCAAAGUGGAUCUGGUAGUGGUGCAUGAGGCAUAUGAUCUAGACCUGAUUCUGAAUGACAUUGCACUCAUGCGCCUGGCAUCGCCUCUGAAUGCAUCGAAGUUUGCCAAGUUGCAGAUGAGCGACCAACGCCACAAUGGUUCACAGGCCCUGAUUGCUGGCUGGGGGACUAUUGAUGAAGCGUGCGCACAGUUUGACAAUGUCCUCCGGGAGGGUGACACCUUCAUUGUGGGGAGCAACAUUUGUGCACAAACCACACAGUUCUUCAACUGGACCGAAUGGAUUUGCACGGAUCACAUUAACUCGAGCUCGCAGGCCAUUGCUGGCGUUGGUUGUGGAGACAGUGGUGGCCCAUUAUUCCUUGAGGAGAAUAACGAGCUAGUCCAAGUUGGUGUGGUGUCCUACACUUCUCAGGGAAAGGACUAUUUCACAAGAGUGUUCACAUACCUUGAUUGGCUCAACGGCGUGCAGAACAAUCCUCCAUCAGAGUCAAUCAUGGUGAAGCCGCGGUGUGUGGGCUCGUGUUGUGAUGACGCCAACUAUUUGGAUGCAUUUUCGGAGGAAUGCUGGACGUGGCUGAAUUUCGACUGCAGCGCUUGGGAUGCACCAGCGGAAGAUGUUGCCGUGUUGCUGGCAAAUUGCCCUGCAACCUGCGGCAUUUGCCCGAGUUGCGAGGCCACAAACGUCCAAUGCUGCGAUGUUGCGGGAUUCACGGAUGCCGCAGGACAGCCUUGCAGCUUCUGGACAGGCAGCCUAGAUUGCUCUGCUGCUCCUUUCAGUGCGACGCAAGUGGCAAAUCUCCAAAGCAACUGUCAGCACAGUUGUGGUCUUUGCAGUCCUGGAGCCGAUUGCACAGACAAGGGGGGCUGGCUAGAUGCACUGGGCUACGCGUGCAUUCAGUGGCGGGGCUAUGAUUGCUCGAGUGCCGUUGAAACGUAUGGCUAUUUCUCACAGGAUCAAGCAGAUGUAAUGCGACACUGCCCGCUUUCCUGCGGCUUAUGUUCUGCAGGGCCUACUAGCAGUGGCGCUCUUUCCACCACGGUUGCUGAAGAUGACAAUGGUAUUGUGCCUGAUGGGGCUUCUACGUCCUACGGCAAUGUCGGAGGCUUGAAUGGUGGCAUUCGCAUCAAGAUCCAUCAUUGUUUGGCUGCCAUAUCGCUAGCCUGGUGGUGGUAG